AAUGGAAAUGAUGUUGAUCUCUGUUUGUUUGGCCAUCUUCUUAGCUUUUCUCUUCCUUAAACCACUCUUCACAAAAACCACCACCACCAAACUUAACCUACCACCGUCUCCGUGGCCGAUCGGAAACCUCCACUAGCUCAGCCUCCACCCGCACCGCUCUCUCCAUUCCCUUAGCCUUCGCUAUGGGCCACUCAUGCUCCUUCACUUUGGUUGCGUCCCUGCGCUCGUAGUCUCUUCCGCUGACGUAGUUUAUGACGCCAUGAAAACACACGAUCUAAAAUUUUCCAAUCGCCCGAAAACAAAAACGGUCGAAAAACUUAUUAUAGGGACAGAAAUAGCCUUUUCCCCCUACGGAGAAUAUUGGAGGCAGAUGAAGAGUAUUUGCGUCAUGAAUCUCCUUACCAACAAAACCAUUCGAUCCUUCGAGGAUAUAAGAGCAGAGGAGAUCAACGUCUUAAUGGGGAAGCUUGAGAAAGCGAGUUCUUCUUCUUCACCAGUAAACCUAAGCAAGCUCUUCAUUAAUUUGUCAAACGAUGUUAUAACCAGAGUCGUCUUGGGGAAAAAAUAUAGCACCGAGGGAGGUGAAUAUAUUUCCCAGAACGUUGUGAGAAAAUUCAUGGAGCUCGUGGGUGCUUUCCCUUUUGGAGAUUUCAUUCCCAAGCUGGCGUGGGUAGAAAGAAUACGAGGUUUGGAUAAGAAAGUGGAGGAAGUAUACAAAGAGCUUGAUGGUUUUCUUGAAAAAGCAGUACAAGAUCAUGAAAAUGCAGAUGAAGAGAGAUCAGAUUUUGUACAUAUGUUGCUAUCUGUUCAAAGAGAUGAGACGACAUCAUUUGAGUUUGAGAGAAGGGACUUAAAAUUCGUCCUCUUGGAUAUGUUGUUCGCGGCAGCGCCAACAACUUUCGCACUAUUAGAGUGGACAAUGACAGAGCUUAUAAGACAUCCGGAGUGUUCAAAGAAACUCAAGCAAGAGAUUUGUUCUGUUUCAACACAUAAGUUAUAUGUAAGGGAGCAAGAAACUGAGAAGAUGAAUUAUUUAAAUCUUGUGAUUAAGGAGGCGCUUCGACUACAUCCCGGGGUACCAUUAGCUCCCCGGCAAUUGAGUGAAGAUGUUAAAGUACAUGGAUAUGACGUAGCUGCAGGAACACAAGUGUUAAUCAAUAUAUGGGCAAUCCAAAGAGACGUGUCAGCUUGGGGACAAGAUGCAGAUGAGUUUAGGCCAGAUAAGCAUUUAGAUAUGGUUGCAGAUUUUCAAGGACAGAAUCUCAAGUUUAUUCCAUUUGGUUCAGGGAGAAGAAUAUGUCGUGGAAGUGGAUAUGUAGUAGCUUUUUGGUGGAAGUCACAUUGGCCAACCUAGUGAAAAAGUUCGACUGGAAAGUUGA